AUGCUCAGCACUGCUCUUUUCCUCUUGGCGUUCGCGGCCGUGGCCCUGUUUUGCUGGUGGCAUGCCAGACGGUUCUGGGGGAAGGCUUGUGGGGGGCUGCCGGGCCCAUGGGCCCUACCCUUCAUUGGGAACCUCUCCCACCUGCUCCAGCCCAGCCUGCCUAUCCACUUCCUCAAGUUAAGCGAGCUAUACGGACCCAUCUACCGCCUCCGCUUUGGCAAUACAGACGUCGUUGUGCUGAACAGUUCGGAUCUAAUCCGGGAGGCGCUGAUGCGGAAAUGGACUGACUUUGCUGGACGCCCUUAUAGCUUUAUUGCCAGUCUUAUUUCGAUGGGUGGCAGGGACCUGACCUUGGGUGACUACACACCGGCCUGGCGACUGCAAAGGAAGCUGACUCACACGGCCUUUCAUCGCUGCCUGCGGGGAGACAUGGAGCAGAUUGUCAGCAACCGAGCUCGGCUUCUCUGCCAGGUUUUCCAUGGUUACAGAGGAGAAGCCGUCGAUGUGGCCCGUGAUUUUUCCUUGAAUGCCUGCCAGGUCAUCUCUGCCAUGAUGUUUGGGCCUUUGGAUGAUUCUGCUGUUAAAGAAAUUCAUGACUACGCCAUUGAACUGGUAGAAAGAUGGAGUGCUGUUUCUGUACAGGUUCUGGAUUUUCUCCCUAUUCUUCGGAUCUUCCCCAAUGCUGCUUUGCGGAAGCUUCUGUCCUGCGUUGCGAAGCGUGAUGCCUUUGUCCUGGACAUAACGAAGAAACAUCAGGAAACCUGUCAUCCCCUGAAAACACAGUACAUGGUGGACCACAUGCUGCAGUUCCUUCAUGAGCACGCUGCCAGUGAGCGGAAGGAUGUGGGCCUCUCGCCAGAGCAUGUCCACAUGGCCAUCGUCGAUCUGUUCAUUGGGGGAACGGAGACGACUGCUGCCUUGCUCACGUGGACCGUGGCAUUUCUGCUGCACCAUCCAGAGAUUCAGGAACAAAUCCACGAUGAGAUAGUGACUGUCAUAGGUCUUGAUCGUGACCCUUCCUACAGUGACCGGGAGCAUUUGCCCUACCUGAGAGCCACCAUCACAGAAUCUUUGCGCCUGCGUCCUUCGGCACCCCUCGCUGUGCCUCAUGCAGCUACUCGAGAUACCAGCCUGUCUGGUUUUCACAUCCCAAAGGGCACAACCGUCAUCCCAAAUCUCUAUGGAGCCCACCACGACGAAAGCAAAUGGGAUCGCCCUCUGGAGUUCAGACCAGAGAGAUUCCUAGAGAGCGAUGCCGUUUCUCGUGAGGCCCAGCGGCAGCUGCUCCCCUUCAGCUGCGGAGCUCGCGGCUGCCUGGGAGAAACCUUGGCUCGCAUGGAGUCGUUCCUCUUCCUUGCACACACCUUGCGGGAUUUCCGGAUGUUGCCCCCACAGACAGGAUGCCUCCCUGACCUCACGGGACAGUUUGGGACUGUUGUGCACUGCAAGCCGUUCGCAGUUCGCCUGGUGCCCAGAAGGGCUGAGCCCAAAGAAUGAGGACUUCAUGCCCUAAGGGCGAGGGGAGGCACAAAAACCUCCCUUUCCCAUCCUUGCCUUCAUUUUCACAGUAUCAAAAGGGCAAAUUUUACACAACUCAGCUUGGCCUCUACCCCUCUGCUAGGGAUGCCACCCUCCAGGAGAGGCCUGGAGAUCUCCCAGAAUUAUAACUGAUCUCUAUACAGAAACCAGUUCCUCAAGAGUCACUAGACAGCUUCAGAGGGUGAGCUGUAUAGCAUUGCACCCCACAGAGGUCCCCCCACCCCACCCCACACUCAGUCUUCCCAGAUGCCAACCCCUCCAAAGAAAAAGAAGAGCUUGGAUUUGUACCCCAAUUUUCUCAACUGUCAGGCGUCUCAAAGCAGCUUACAAGCUCCUCU